AAAAUUUUUAUUUACCGAUUCUUGAAUCAUCAUAGCCAAUCAAAUGUCAUCAUCAUCAUCAUCAUAUUCGAUGCAUAGUCCGAUAGUCACUACACAAUUGGAUUAUUCGGGUCCAUUAUCGAACGAUAUCUAUGCUGGAUCAUCAUCAUCGAAUCGACCAUCAAUCUAUGCCAAUCAUAUGAUGGCAUCCAAUUCAUAUGGGCCUACAUAUCCAUUACCACCACCACCACUACCAUCACUACCAACAUCACCAUCAUUUCGAUCUGAUAUGAAUGAUGGUGAUCCAUAUUCAAGCUCAACAACAAACAUUCAUUAUACAACUAAUGGAAACGAUGUUCCAUCAUCAUUACAUCAUUAUACGGAUAAUCCAAAUUUAUCAUCAUCAUCACCAUCGAUGGCUCAACAACAUCAUCCACAUCAUAAUCAUGUUUCUAUGCAUCAUCCACAUCAUCAGCAUUAUCAUCAAACAUAUCCACAUGGUCCACCAUUAGCUAGUUUGGAACAUCAUCCACAACAUCAAUCUCAAUCAUCAUCAUCACAAAAUAUCUAUCCAAAUCCGUGUAUACGAAACAUGCAACCAUAUCCUUUAGUUUCAAAUAACCUAACCAUGAUGAAUAAUAAUCGUAAUCAUACCAUCCAAACUACUUCAGCUACUACUAUAAAUACAACUACUAAACAACAUCAUCAAACAUCUUCAGGUAUAGGUUAUUGGCCAUGUGAUUCACAAACAUUACCGCCGCCAUCACCACUAUCAUCAUCAUCACCUCAUUGUUAUCCUGCAAAUGUAAAUAAUAAUAAUAAUAAAACAACGACAACAAAUUCCAAUCAUUGGACAAGAUCAUCACCAUCGAAUAAUAAUACACCAUCACCAAUACAACCAUUACAACCACCUACAUUACCACCACCACCACCACCACCAUCAUCUUCAUCAUCAUCAUCUUCUUCUUCAUCAUCAACACCAACAUCACAUCCGUUCCAUUCAUCACCACAUAAUCAUAAUGUUAUGCCAUCAUCGGAUUCUUCCUCAUCAUCAUCAUCAUCAAAUAGUGGUAAACAAUUUACAAAUCAUACAAUGAUUAAUUCUUCCGGUCAUCAUCAUCAUCCUCAGCAACAGCAUCAACAGCAACAAGGAUCAAUGAUGAUGAUGAAUAAUAAUAAUAGCAGUGGAAUAAAUCCAUUACAAUCAUUACAAAAAAUGGUACAAAUAGAUCCAUCCAUUUCUUCACCAAUAUCAUCACAACCAUCCAAUGGAAGUGAUCAUCUACGUACAACAAUACAUUCACAUCAACAACAACAGCAAUAUGAAACGGCAAUAGUUACUAUGAACGAUACGCAGCAACAGCAAAUGAAUGUUUGCGGUUCUGGUAAUGGUAGUCAUUCAUCAUCAUCUUCAUCAUCAUUAGAUGGUACGAUCAUCGAUACAAAUAAUACUAUCAACAAUUAUCCAACCUAUUACAAUCUAGAUCAGAAUCGUUUGUCAGCAACACAAUUACAACAUCCACAAUCUUCAUAUGGUAACAUCAACAGCAAUAAUCCAUCCAUAUCAACAUCUUCAAUGAUGGUGGUACCAGAAUUUUCACCUAUGGCCAAAAAUUCAUUAUCACCAUCAUCAUCAGCAUCAAAUUCACCGCCACCACCACCACACACACCAACAGAACGGUCUCCAAUUGAAGUUAAUAAUAGUAAAAAUUCCAAUGAUGGAAAUAAUUCAAAUCGAACAAAUUUAAUUCGAUUUUCGAAUAAAAAUGGCAAUCAAAUUGGUAGGAAAAACAGUAAAAAUUUUCCAUUAGAUAGUAAUCCAUUGGAUGAUUGUGAAUCACCAAAUCGUAAUCAAAAAUUAAAAAAUAAAACAAGGACUACAACGAGCAUUACUGGACUACAAACUGAUCAAACACAUGAUCAUUCUAAUCAUUCAUAUCGAUGUGGUUCAAUCGAAACAUCAUCAUCACGUGAUUCAAUUAAAUCAAAUGAUUCGGCCACUACAACAUCGGAUGGACAAUCCUCAUCCGUUUAUGGUGGUAUGAGUAGUAGUCAAUGUUCAACACCUAAUAAUUGGAAAUCAAAUAACAACAGCAAUAAUCAACAACAACAAUCAACACAGCAACAGCAGAUAGAAUUUCGUAAUUUUUCAAAUUCAAAUUCAAUACAAACACCAAAAUCAUCGUGGUGGUCAGAAAAUCAAUCAUCAGCUAGUUCAAAUCGAUCAUUUACACCGAUGAUUGAUAGUAAUCAAUCAUCUUAUCUUAUAACACGAUCAACAUCUUCAUCUUGGUCUCAACAGCAGCAGCAGCAACAUCCACACCAUCAACAACAACAAAUGUUACCAUUUCAGAUAUCCGGUUGUACAAUACCGGAUGGUAUAAUCAAAAAGAAACGUGGCCGACCAUUUGGUAGUAAAAAUCGUCGAAGUUUAGAACAUGCUGUUGCUGCUACUGCUGCCUCUAUUUCAACAUCGAAUCCUAGAAUUACAACUGUAGCUACAGCUGUUACCACAACCACAAAUGCUUCCAAUAAUCAAUUAAUCGAUCCGAAUCGAAUGAUGAAAAAACGAAAAUCAUCUAUGUUUAUCGAUAUUGGUAUUAAUACUAAUCUAUCGUUUGAUGUUCAUGAUAAUUGGAAUCAUCAUAAUAACAGUAAUAAUAACAAGGAUGAUCAAUUUGAAUUCGAAUCGAAUGUAGAACAUCCAUUACCAUUGGCUAGUAAACGGAAAAAAAUAGUUGGUCCUGUUAUUCGUAUUGAUAAAUCAAAUGAUACAAAAUCUGCGAAUAAUUCUCAACAACAUGAUAAUUGUAAUGCAAGAUAUUCUAUUGUGAAUAAUUCUCAUAAAUCAAUCAAUAAUGAUUCAGAACAAAAAUCAAAAAGAACAUCAUCAUCAAUAUGGUUAUCAUCUUUGAAUCGUCGAAAAAAUAAUUUACAAAUAAAUCAAAAUAAUAAUAAUGUACAACAGAAAUGGUAUUGUAUUCUAUGUCAAAAACCAUCAAAUUAUAAAGGAUUAGGUGAAUUAUAUGGCCCUUAUUAUAUUCAAUCGGAUCAUCAACGAUUACAACGAUUAUUUUCAGAUUUAAAUGACCAUACUAAUAUGAAUGAUGAUGAUAAUAAUAAAACAAUAAACCAUGAAAGAAGAUCAUUACGUAAACGAACAGCUGAACAACAACUUGUCAAUAAUGGUGAUACGACGAUAACAACGACAAUGGAUAAUAAAAAUAAUAAAAAUGGUAAUAUGAAUGAAACGAUUGAACAAUCGAUCCAAAAUCAUAAAACCAAUAAUAAUGAUCAACCAAUGGAAGUAUGGAUACAUGAAGAUUGUAUUGUAUGGUCAACUAGUGUAUAUGUUGAAGGAAUGAAAAUUCGUAAUCUUGAACCAGCCAUUAUCGAAUCUUUUGAUCAUAUAUGUACCAAAUGUAAACUGCCUGGAGCUACAUUGGGUUGUAUAUUUAAAAAUUGUCAAAUGUCACCAUUACAUUAUUUAUGCGCCAAGGAAAAAGACUGUGAUCUGGAUGAAGAAAAAUUCAUACUUAGUUGCUCAAAGCAUAAGAAACGUCGAAUAAUAAUGACUAAAGAUUUUGAACCAUUUGAUAAUCCACAACAACAACGAUCAUCAACAGUAAUUAAUCAAGCUCAAGAAGAUAAUGAUAAUAAUAAUAAUAAUGUUGAUGUUGAUAAUGGUCAUCAUGAUGAAUAAUAAUCACCAAUCCAUAAUUCAUUCAUUUUAUUUUAACUUGGAUUCUAUUUGGGUAAAACAAAAAAAAAUAGUUAAAAUAUCUGCUAUAUUGAUAUGAUAUAUUUACUAUUUUUACCUGUAACACUUACACUUACACUUACAUCAAACAAACAAAACAAAAAAAAUUUCAUUCAUACAAUUUUCAUAUAUUUCCAGAUUGUCAAUGUCAAACUGUUUCUUUUUCUGUUUUUGUUUUGUUUCUUUGUUUGUUUGAUUGUUUUGUAUUUCAUAUUCUGAUACAUUCCAAGAUUAUUCAUAAGCAACAACAAAAAAAAGAGAUGGAAGAAAUAAAAAUUUCAUUUAUUAAUGUGAUAAAUAAUAAUAAUUUUUUCUCAAGAAAAAAAAAUUAAUGCUCAAAAUCCAUGGAUGAUUGAUUGUCAAGGUUUAUAUAUAUUCAUUAUAAGUACAUUUGUAAUACGUAAGUGGUGAUGAUGAUGAUGAUGAUCAUUGA